AUGCCAGUGGAACAAAAGCCUAUAGACUUGAACAAACCCUUGGACGUCGAUGCGGCGCCCACGCUAAGCAAGACGCAAUUGACGCCGGACUUGACCAAAGCAGCCAUCGUGCUCCAAGGAGACAAGUUCAAGCAGACACAAGCGAAACUAACCAAGUACAUCUUGUGGCACCCCAUCGCCAUCUCGUUGUACACCUUGAUUGUGCCCAUUGUGUUUUCGAGAUCGUUAUGGGACUUUAUUGAAGUGCUGGAUAACGUCGCCGAGUUCUUCACAUUGGCAUUGCGCAACAAGAAGGAUUUCGUCUUUGGCGUGAUAUCGACGUUGCCGGUGCUAGCAGGCAUAUUUGCCUGUUUUGGCUUUUUGGCGUUCUUGUUGAGUGACGAAUUGGGGUCCGUUAGUAGCAAAUUUGUCGAGCGCAAGCAUUGCGAUGUCAUAUUUGGAUUUGACGUUAGGCAAUUUGCCAAUGCCGCCACGGGUGCGGUUAACAAGGAUAGCGAGUUGGUGAUUUACCGUGAUUCCCCCAUUGCUAUUGGCACUGUGAGGCCCGAUCUGGAUAAUAGCACCGCGGACGAGUUCAAGGUUGUCAUUAGUGGCAUUCAUAUUAGAAAAGUGUUUGCCAAGGUUGAUUUCGACAAGAUGUUGCUCGAGUGGGCCGUGUUGCGGAGCAGAGAGUUGUAUUCUGAGUUUUUGGCGAAAAAAAAAAGCAAAAACCAGUCGAAAACGGGCCAGAUUCAAAUCACGGUGGAUGCUUACUCUUUCGAUAAACAUUUCGAGCGGAUGUUGACUAGUAGCGGAUUCACCUUGUUGAGCAGAAGUUCCAUCUUGGACCCCUUUGAUCUGAAAUUAUCCCGCUGGCAAGAGUUUUUGCACAAGUUUUUGGGUAUUAGCAGAGAUACUUUUGGCUUAACUUUAACUACCGAGAAUGAUGACGUUGAGUUGUUGAAAGAGAAUGAUUUGUUGGACACUGAGCCAAUCGACACGAAGAAGAAGAAGAAGAAGAACUAG